AUGGCCCGAGGUGGUGGGCAUGUCCAUCAAGGAGGCGACAAGAUCAUUCUUAAAGACAUGCCCAACGCCCACAUUGAAAUUCUGCCUGUUGGCUCGAUUGUGACCCAGGACUUCCGCCUUGAUCGCGUCCGCAUCUUUGUUGAUAUUGUUGCCCAAACUCCGACAGUUGGUUGA